AUGCAAAUUGAUGCAAGUUACACUCUUGCCGAACUUGGUUUUUAUGGUCCGAUGGCGAUGGAAGGUGCGGCGUGGUUUGCCCUUUUUUCAACUGUUUUUCUAGCCUCUCAAGGCAGAGGUCAAGGUAAGGUUUACUUUUCUUUUUCAAAUUAAUGGAUACUCGCUUACACCUCGUUUACAGAUUUAUGACGAUUUUUUUUCGUGCGUGUAUGAUUUUUCCCCAUCGACACGCAAUUGAAUGUCACUGAGGCAUUGAAUUGUUCUGUGAACCUAAAUAAUUUGGUUACGGUUCCUUAUUCUGGCAAAAUUUCCUUAAAGUUCUUUUUAGUUCAGGGUGUUAUAUAACGCGAGAAUGGAUAUUGCGUACUUUUCAGAAAUGUUAAAUUAAAUUUGCAUUUAAAAAUGUGUGGUUUACAUUUUUGUCAUAUGACGUUAUCAGAGCAUAAUUUUUGGUGCAAUGAAAGAAGAUACUCUUAAAGUCUUUUUUUUCUACAUCUAGAUAUUAUAGAAAGCUAAGAUGUAUAUAGUUUACUUUACAUAACACAAAAAGUUAAGUUUGCUGUUAAAUCGUUCUAGUGAAAUGUUUGUAUGGGUAGUUAAAGACAAAAAUCGUUUAUCUCCUUCCCCUGUUUAAGCCCAGAGACCUUAUUUUAUUAUUCCCCUAAUUAAAUUUUGUUUUGCAUACAGAAAUUAAGCAAUUUUGCAAACUAACAUCAUUGAAUCGUUUGUACUAAAAAUGUACACCACCCAUUGCCAAAAAGGCACCCUGUUAAGUUCAAGACGCUUAAUAUGAAAAGACUCAAGACCCUGAACAACCAUACUCUAUUCAGUGGCACUUACGUGUUAGUCCAAAUUAGGGAGUGCCCCUUGGGUUUUAGUAUUUGUGAUGUCAUUAGAGCAUAUUAUAUUUUAGUGUAAUCUGGUUUAAUCAAAUAAAAAAAUCACCAGUAUUGUUUUUUAUAUUAUUGCUCAAAAAUGUUUCUAAGAGAAUUAUGAACACCUUGCCUGAAAUCUAAAGGGUUUAGGGUUGCUGUUUGUCACAUUUGUCUGUAGAAACAUUGCAAGUUGGAGUUUCACAACUCUGCUACCAAAUUAUUCAUUAUUUAUGUUUCAUUCCUUUUUUGAGAAAACAAGGAAAAUUUACUAGGGUUACUUUUUUUCUUCAUUGACCUUGCUUGCAUUAAUCCGUCCAUUGUUUGUUCUCUGUACAAGGACUGAAUUAUUGAAAUGAUAUAUUUUUCAGGUAAUGAAAGAAGAAAUUAUGGAUCAACAAGCUAUUGCCCUCAAACUAACUUUCUUCCAAGCAUCCCUGCUCCUGAAGCUAAGCACUGCGAUUACAGCAGAGACUGCAGCAAAAUAGACUGUGUUGUAAGGCAAGACCCUCAUAAGCUAAGAGUUAUGCUCAAGUUGAAUACAUGCAAAGUGCCAUGGAAUGCUACAGUCACAUUGAAACAGCAAGAGAGCAAUUUAAAUUGGUCAGCAACUUUGAAAGAUGGAGAAAAAGCUAAGCUGGAUGUGAUACCGAGUAUGUUAACAGGGGGAAUACCAGUUUCUAAUGAUUCCUUUUUUGUGCGUGUUGGCCUCAGGAAACAUGGAGAGCAGCUCUUGGAUUACACAGUAAGGACUUCAAAAUAAUUUUUAUCCCAUGACAGUAAAAUUUUUAGUUGUAAUUUAAUGUUACUCCUUAUACUGACCAAAAGUAAUGCAUUUAUGGAUAAAAAAAAUUCCAGCUUGUUAUUUUAUUCUCUUUUAAAUAAUGACAUACUGAGUUAUUACCCCAGUAUCAUUAAUCAAGUUAGAUUUAUUUUUUUUCUCUUCCCACAAAACCCUCUCCCAGAGAGGCAAAAUUUUUUAUGUUUCUGGCGAAAAGUAAAAUAGAUCUACUGUGUCUUUUUUGUUUGUAAAUUGACCUUAUUACGAUACCCGCCAUCUUUGUAGGUGCAUUAGGAUCAAUUACUUUGGGGAAAACAAGUGAAAAAAAUUCCCAAAAUGAGCAACCACGGUUGAGUUUGUUUUUUACAAACCAAGACAAAAAAUAAAUAGUCAUGCAAAAUGCAUAGUUUAAGUUUUGACAAGAUUUACAUCAUUACCAUUUGCUGUAAGGACAUCUAUGGUUGCUACUACAUCCAAAAAAGUAACAAUGGUCACUUCCACCUAUAACUUUCCAUUAUUGUCUUUAAGAUGAAACUUGUCUAGAAUAAACAAAGUCAACCAGUAUUUCUUAUAUUAUUGGCAAAUGUUUUCACUUGUUUGCCCCCUGAGAAACCAUUUGACUUUGUUUUUCCCAUCAUAAUUUCUCAAGUGCAUGCAAAGAUGGCGGAACAUAUUGCGAAUAAGGUCUAUUCCCACAAAAUAUUAUUGUUGGCGUGUGGCUUUUAAAGACAACUGUGAGCUGCAGUGGCUUUGUCAAACAACAUGAUGUCCAUAUCAAUCAAAUUUGGUGUUCAUGUCUCAGCAAGAGUGAAUCAAAUUUUAACAUUUACCUUCUCUUACAACAAAUAAUUUCUUUUAAUGAGUAUUUCUUUCAGUGGCUCUUUUGGCACAUGCAACAUUUGUCUCUUUUCUCUUUUAGGUGGAACUACUUGGUAACUUGAAAAUGUCUGAUGUUGUAAUACCAGUGAAUGUGACAUUACUGAGUGGAAGUGCUCCUUUGGGGAUGACCAUUUGUGGUAAGCUUGUUAAUGUAAUGGUAUUGUCUUUUUGAAUAUUAUAUACACUGCCAAUUGUAAAUACAUUGUUAACUUGUUCUUUCCAUGACAUCUGAUUAAUAUAAUAAUUUGUGACUCAAGUUAUGUCAGGCACUUUUUAUGAUGACAAUGAUCAGACAGUCAGCUUAUAGAGUCCAGCUUUGGUCCAACUGUCCCAGGCCAACUGUUGUAAUCACCCACCAAAACUCAUCUUCUUUGCAUUGUUAUAGGUAGUUACUUGUUAUAAAUAGUUAGUAUGGGAGUUGCUAGCUCAUGAGGAGAAUAAGUUGCUGGUCCUUUUUUCAGCCAGGAAUGACUUUUGCUGUUAAUAAUAUUGCAGAUGCUGUCGAAGUAGUACAUGGAGAAGAUCACAGUGAACAUUACGAGGAACAUCCAAAUGUUACAAAGUCAUGUCAACCUGAUAAGACAAAGCCAAACCUCAAGGAAGGAACAUGCCCUCCUGUCUGCUUAACUGGUGGAACCCUAUGUCCAGUUACGAACCAUUGUAGUAAAAUAACCUGCACAGCACCACCACAAGACAAAGGGCCUGGAAUGAAAAAACUGACCAUAGAACUUAAUGGAUGCAGAGAUGUGCAAACAGCAACUGUUACCAUACAAUCUUCUAAACCUUUCCCAACAUGGUCACAUACAUUUAAAAAUGGUGAUCGAGCAGUUGCUCCCAUGUCUUCAGGAGUUGGUGUCAAAGUACGGCCAUACUUGAAGGUUGAAUUGGUUAAAGAAAAGGCCAGCAUCAUGUUUAAGGUAACAAGUAGGCUGUCAUGAAGAACUAUAGUUAAAAGCUCCACUCAUAAAUGCCUAAAAUGUAAAUAGUUAUUUAAGUUGAAUAACUAGCAAAAAAUUACUGGAUGAGGCUGAAAAUGAUAUGAAGAAUUAUGCUGGUCAAGAAGGGUGUUAUCUGCUAAGGUUGAGGGCCCAGUGAGUAUCAUCCUGCGAGAUCAGUGUAAUUCCUAAUAUCAUUCAAAAGCUAAAUCCAAUACUGUUUUGUGUGUAAAGUUCCCGUCUUCAAAACAUUUGUCUGUUCCUUGAAAGUUUCAGGUUCUGAUUUAAGGAAUGUUUUUUCUUAGUGAACAUACCUCAUAAAGCAGGUCACCAUCCAUCUGAAACAUUUUUUCUUUGCUAUUCUUGCUACGCUUUUGUGGCAGUAGUACUGCUACUUUGUCUUUGCAUAUCAUGUGAGAUCUACCCCAUCUUCUCUAGCUCUGCAGUAUUAAAACAGCUGAGUCACCAUGCCCCUAUUUCUGUCAAUAUCAAAGUGAUUUAUGUCCUGCAAGUAUUUUACUUGUUGGUAUUGUAAAUUGUUUUUUUGUUCCAGUUGGUGUUGGAGAUAGAAGAGAGAGGAUCCAAUAGAAUUACAACGAACACAACUGCUCUGUCUGCUAAGUUACCUCUCCCUAAAUGUGGUAUGUUGAGAAGAACUAUUACAAAAUUACAAUCAGCAACAAAUUGUUUAAUACACGUUUUUGUCCAAAAUGGUCUCUUUUGUUCCUCGAUAACCACCUUAUAAAGACGGUUUCUUGGGAGGUAGAAAGGAGAGGACCAUUUUGAAACAUUGUAGAAAGAGGGAGUUUUUUUUUUUGCUAAAACCUGUUCACUUAAAUUAGAGGCAUUAUACUUUUGCCCUGGUUGGACAAUGACCAAGAUCUGAUUGGGGUGAGGGUGGGGGAAGGGUGCAUAUUUGUGAUAAUUAAUCUAGCUUCCCAUAGUCUUUGGAUGUCAGUUUGGCAGCUGUUUUUUACGAUUUUUAUGUUAUUGUUGAUUGUCCCGUUUUUAGCAUGAACCUAAUAUAUUUCUCAUAAUUUUUACAUUAUUAGGAGGCAGCAAAUCAUACAAAAAGCACAUGCCUGUAUCUGUGAAAGUUGUGGUCAUUGUUAUCCCAGUGCUUCUACUCCUGUUAGUAGGCCUUGGUUUCACAUUCUACUGUUACAGGAAGAGUGGAAGUGGUCUUCGGUUUCCAGUUCACCUUACUCCAGCUGGUAGCAAAGUCCCUAUGCGGCGGCUUUCAAAUGAGAUUUAA